ACCUAUUUCUUUCAGGAGCGAGCUCCUGAACCUACUAUCCCUACACCAGCUGCCAACCAGGAAAAAGCUGCUGGUUGUCCAAAUCUCCCAACUGUUAAGGUCACGAAUUAUGGAUGGGAUGAAUCCGACAAAUUCGUCAAGGUGUAUAUUACCCUGCAAGGAGUCCAGAACGCCAAUCCUUCUACCAUUCAACAUAGUUUCACAAACACUGGGUAUGAUAUAACAGUUUCUAAUCAUUGUGGCAAGAACUAUGUGAUGACGAUGAAGGGACUACGUGACGAAAUCGUGCCUGAAAGCAGUCAAAUUAAGCAAAAAACUGACAUGCUCUUGGUUAUGAUGAAGAAGAGGAAUGAAGGGAAGAAAUGGGAACAACUAACGAAGUUGGAAUACGAUCAGAAGCAGAAAAGGAAACCGAAAUUUGAUGACAAGGAUGAUGAUCCGCAAGCGUCAUUAAUGAGCAUGAUGAAGCAGAUGUAUGAUGAAGGUGAUGAUGAAAUGAAGCGUACGAUAAGAAAAGCAUGGCAUGAGGGACAGAACAAGAAGAACUCUAUUGAUCCUCCAUCAUUCGGUGAUCUUUGA